GACAGCAGAGUAGGAUCUUGGCAUUGUGGCUGCAGCAUUCAGCACACACGUGUGUGUCUCUGGGUUGAAAUGUGAUGGCAGUGGAACCUUAAUAAUAGCACAGCCAUUACGUGAAUGAGUGUGAGGCGCAGAGAGAAAGGAAGUCCUCAUACGUCACUCGAAGGGGGGCUUUAUUGAAGAAUGGAAAGCCGUGCAGAAUUAUCAGGCAUCGCACAGACACUGUGGGACAAUGACGUGAACAGACUUCAACCGGGGAUCGAUUACAAGAUUUCCCUUCAGGAACAAGUCGGACAAACUUACACCGACGUGACCAGCAAAACGACAUUUCCGUUGUUCCUCUUCGUGAAUGAGGACGUCUGUAAGAAGAAAACAUUUUCAGCUUUCAUUUCCCUGUUGGAUAAUUAUGAGGCUGACAGAGGGCAUCCUGAGGUCAUUACCCCAGAGGAGGAGAAUGAAAUCCACAGCUUUUUGGAUGCUCUAAUGGAGACCAGAGUGUUGCAGAGGGACCUGGAUGUCUGGAAGUUUACACGUAGAACUACCAAGAAGAUAAAUGAGGCUCUAACACAGCAGGAUUUGAGCAUAGGAGUGGAGAUGUCCUGUUUUCUCCUCCACAGGCCCAAUUCAUCUGGGUUUGAGCACGUGUUUGUGGGUGAAACACGUGGUGGACGGACUGUCAUUGGAUUCCACAACUGGAUCCAGUUCUACCUCCAGGAGAAGCUUGGUCACGUGGAUUACAGAGGGUACACCAUGCCGAAUAACCAAGUCGAGGUGAGCAAACCACAAAGCAGGGAGGGCAUGAAGUUAACUGAGGGUCUAAGGUGGGGGUAG